CGACGCGUGGACCAGGAACAUGUUGACGUUACUGUGAAACCCGUAGCUGAACGAGUAUAGAACUGUAACACAGUCACCAUCUUUAACAUGGCGGAAGGAUUUGUCCGGGAACAGUCGUCGGUAGAUGGCUCCAGGAGUCUGGACACUUUCGUACUGGAAUGUCCUAUCUGUCUGGAACAGUUGCGACACCCUAAGUCCCUCCCUUGCCUUCAUUCAUUUUGUGAGGAAUGCCUUGGUAGCUACAUCACCAAGGAGUCGUCAGGUAAGAUGGCGUCUUCUUUCUCCUGUCCUGUAUGCCGUAAGGUCACCGAGCCGAUGAACCCGUCAGAAGACAAGGGAGGUUGGGCCGGACAGUUUCCUACCAACAAUCUGGCAGUCGAAAUGAUCCGACAUUUACAAAAUACGAAAACGUUGAUCACAUGCAAGCCCUGUGAGAAGAAAGGAAACACGAAUGUACCAGCAAAGUUUUGGUGCGAUCAAACCAAAUCUUACUUCUGUGCAACCUGUAAAAUCGGCCAUCAUGACCUGUUUCAUGAAGAAUGCGAACCCGAGAAUAUCACGGAAUGGAAUAAAUCAGAUACGAUCCGAAGGCAGACGUCGGCUGCUGGAUGUGGAAAACACAAAGAGAAAAUAGAGUAUUACUGUGAAGACCAUCAGAUUCUUGGAUGUAACAAAUGUAUCAUUGUCGAUCACCGGAGAUGUGAAGUGGUGACAUCAGUAGACGAUUUCCGGGACAAACUGACACCUUCGAAAUUCGACGAUCUUUUUGAAGAGCUUCGGAAAAGCGCAGACGCCAUGGAAACAUUGAUAAACGAUGUCGCAGAACAGCUUCAGUCCAUGACAAACGAUCAAGACAUCGCACUACAAAGUUUAACAGACCUACGCAAAAAGAUUAACGAACGUUUUGAUACAAUUCAGAAAGAGCUUACAGAUAAAUUGAUGGCAUCUUUCAAGGAAGAGAAAGAAAACCACGAUAUAUCGAAACUGAAAUGUGAAAGAUUGAUGUUCUCUAUGCAAAAUACGCUGACGUCAUCAAAGGAUGCCGCCUUGAAGGACGAUUCCGUGGGGACGAUCUGUCUGUUCCAGAGAGGACAGGCGGAGGUCGAGUCCUGUAAGGAACUCAUAAAGGAAUUGGAAAAGUCGUCCAGAUCUACCAGUCUUAGACACGAGUAUGACCCCGACAUACUGUCCGUCAACACCAAGACAAGCCUUACCAUGGGAAAGAUAGUCGUUCAUCAACAACAGAGGAGACUACCAUCUACUGCGUUCCGUACUCCAUUGUCUGAACGCCAGAUGAAGAUGACGGAAAACUUAAACAUCAAAGUUCCCUCUGACAAGAACGACUGUUUUGCGCUUGGAGUUGUUCUCAUGUCUGAUGGCCGUAUUGUCGUAGGAGACUAUGCAAACAACAAAGUGAAGCUGUUUACAGAAAACGGGGAAUUUCAUUGUGAGGUGGGACUGAGUGAUAGGCCUUUUGACCUUUGUCGUAUUGAUGACAAUACUGUGGCCGUGAUGCUGGUGACUGUUAAAACCAUCUGUGUUGUCGCUGUUGAGGAUUUAACCUUGACCAUCUCAUCGGAAAUCCUUAUUCCAAACAUUACUGAAAGCUGCCUUGGUGUCACAUACAAUAGCACUAACUUUGUAGUUGGAACAUUAGCAUCACUUUAUAGUGUACCAAAAGAUGGGGGUCAAGCCACAAAACUUCAUACAAUAAAAUCACAAUGUCUGCAUCUCGCCAGUAAUCAGAACAAUGGGUACGUGUUCGCUAGCAUAAACGAAUUAACUCCUGACAAGGUGGCCGUGACACGACUGUCUGAUAAGUCCAUCACAGACGUGUUGAAGGUCGGCACCGUGAAAGGAACAGCAGGAAUAGACGUAGACAGAGAGGGUAACGUAUAUGUUUGUGGAUUCAGUUCAAACAACGUCAUACAGGUGUCUGGGGAUGGAACCAACGUCAGGGAACUACUGACGUCGUCAGAUGGUAUCGAAAGUCCGAGGGCUAUUUCCGUGUAUGGUGAUAAAGUAGUGAUCACAAAUGAGUAUUCAGACCAACGGAAUUUUAUUCAUAUGUUUCAGCUCAUUUGAAUGGCAACACAGAACUAAGGAGAUUAAGGAACAUUUUGUGGAAUCCGAAAGACAAUAGAUGAGUUUGUAUUAUUUAGCUACACCUCAUUCAUUCACUUAUUUUUUUAAUUCUAUACGCAAUCUGUGAAUAUCAGUAAUAUAUCUUGCAAUAUGAAUCCAUGAAACAUAUAUUAUGGAGUAUUUUCAAUAAAUACGAUCUAAUUUUAUUUGAUACUCCAAAAUAGGUAUCUGCGUCCAUGAACAGUGACGGCAUGGAUUUAGACUAGAGCAGCAUAGAUAUUCGUAUAACAACACAAAGAAAUUAGAAUAUAAUGCUAUUGUUUUCUGGUACCGUCAUUUCAUGUGUAUUGCCUGUCCGCACAAGUCGAAAUAAUGGUUUUAUAAUUUAGAAUCUGCAGAUAGCCCGUUUCCGUUCACUGCCUUUGAGGUUUCCGCUGAGUAAUAGAUUACACGUUCUCACAAUCGGGGGAAUCCCCUACUGUAUGUGUAUUGUACUCAUAGUUUACCUGUGUUGCCUUGACACGUGAACGGUGUCAAUAAACGUAUUUCUGAAUCUACAUUGCCAUUCAUAUUUACAUACAUAGGUACCAUUCAUAAUUAUAAACAUAGAUACCAUUCAUAUUUAUAAACAUAGGUUCC